UAAAUGACUCGGGAACAUAGUGUAAGUCUCUACGUCUCCCCCCCAAAAUCACAUUCAUCAAAUCAACUUCCCUUUGCGAACUAGGGCAACUGCAAUCCUAAAAUUUCUUCCAUCCCCAUCUCCUAACAUCAGAUUGCAGUCAAAUUCCCUCACCGUCGGGCAUGUGGCUUCUGCUGUCGCCAUAUCGGAACUCGUCACAUAGAUACCGGAAUCGAGUGCUAGCGGCGAUUGGUACCAACAAAUGAUUCCGUUGAUGCUAAUUGGCGGAUAUUAGUCGGGUUCAGCAGAUAUGUGUCUGAAAGUGCAUUAACAGCAUAAUUUAUAAUCUCAUGGUGAUCCCUCCGUUACAAGGUCAGGGAAUCUGGAGAAUGAUUCUUCAAAGGAUCCUAAGAUUGCUUACAAAUAUAGGUUGUGGACUCUUUCAUCUCAAUAUAUCCCUAAGUUGGAUCUGCAUUACUCAUGCACCCAAACUAAAUAAAGCAGUGAGCAAAAGGAUUGCGAGUAUGGUGAUUAGCGUUCUUCUCAAGAGUCGAUCGUUAAGAAUGAGUUACCAGAUUGUUUUCUAUUGCUGUUACAGGCAUGGGAGAAGCUCUUUUGUUCUUUUUUCUUUGUUGGAGGUAGUGAUCCUUUUAAUGUGUUGAAAAGGAUAAACAUAAUCCAGAGGAUGAUGAUGGUGAUGAACUUGAUGAGGACGGAUGCUAACCACAAAUAGUAAUGAUAUGUAUUCACAAACUAUUGAUUAGCUAAAGAGUGUUGUUGAUGCUAUGGCUAUAAUCAUCCAAGAAUAUAUCCCCAAUGUAAACUUGUCUUCGGUUCUUAGCAAUAUUGAUUAGCUAAAGAGUGUUGUUGAUGUUAUGAUGUCACCGGUGGGAGUUUAUGUUGCUCCACCUUGUGACUGGAAAUGGUUUAAUUAUUUUGAACCAUGAAAGGCAUUAACAUGUAUCGUUCUAUUCAUAUGUUUAUGAUGAUUUAUAGUUGUAAGCG